ACCUCAGAAGCCGGUAACUAUUUCCGGUGUCAGUGGAGUUUGACAGGGUCACGCGUAAAGAAGGUUAAUUCUGUACCUAGCCACAAAUAUAUACAAAAUCUAUGAAGAUUUAAAUAUAAUCAUUUGAAGUUACGAGAUCUGUAGAAGCAGGCAGUGAUUGUAACCAAUUAACCUGCUCACCAUGGCCAGUGCUGCAGCAGCGGUUAACCAUUUAUUGAGCAGGACUGCUGGAACCUUCCCUGGGCAGCGUGCGUCAGUGCUGUUGAUGACCAGGGCUUUGUGUGGCUGCACACUCAAUAGCAGAAAAAUGACAUCACACAGAAAAACAGACCACUUGGAGAGAACUGCUAAUAACUUCAGACAGGAGGUUCUCUCUCAGGCAACAGUAUGUGGGAUUGUAGUCGAGUCUGAUACAGUCAAAAGACUUCGGCUGGCAGUAAGAAACAAAGACUUCAAUUUCAAAGCCGGACAAUGGGUGGAUUUCUUUGUCCCUGGAGUUCCAAAGGUUGGUGGUUUUUCAAUCUGCUCAACCCCUGGGUUGUUGAAAAGAGAGGGAGUCUUGGAGCUAGCUGUCAAGUACAGCAAACAUCCCCCUGCCCACUGGGUGCAUACUGAGUGCACCCUGGACGCUGAAGUAGCUUUGCGCGUGGGAGGGGAUUUCUAUUUUGACCCUGUACCUUCUGAGCCGGAGGUGGAGCUGCUGCUGGUGGCUGGUGGAGUCGGGAUUAACCCCUUGUACGCCAUUCUGCUGCAUGUGGCUGACCUCCACCGGCUGAGGGCCAGCCAGGGCUGGGGGUAUAAGCCAGGAGCAGUGCAGCUAUGCUACUGUGCAAAAAAUACACAGGAACUGCUUUUUAAGAAUACCAUAAUCAGGGUUGCGCAAGAGUUUCCAGGCAAGAUUGCAUGUGACUUGUAUGUUACACAGCAGGACACAGAAAUUGGGGAAGAACUUGGACCAUACAUAACGGAGGGAAGAAUUUCUGAAGAGGUCUUGGAGAAACACAUAUCACGUAACAGCCUGUGUUACAUCUGCGGCCCUCCUCCUAUGAUAGAGUCAAUCUCUGGCCAGUUAGAACACUUGGGGGUUUCGAAAGAGAGAAUUCUCUUUGAGAAGUGGUGGUAGUCAACAGCAGACUUUGUGAGGACAAUGCAUUGAGGCAACAAUGGGAAUGUUCACAACCAGUAGUCCCGCAGUACAAGCUAUGCCAGAUUAGCAUCCAUUCAUUUUAUUAACAGAGUGGAAUAGCCCGAGUGAAAGCACUGUCAGCAGCCCUGGCUACUUUGUGACCGUGAGGCAUGAAGGUUGUUACUUUUUAGUGUUCAUUAUAUUUGUGGGCUAAAAAAAAAAAAAAAAAAAAAAAAAGAAAUAUACCUCUUGGAAAUAAUAUUUUGGAAAUGCAGAAAUUCUUGUUUUAGCAAAAAUAUUAUUUGUAUAACUUUUUUUAUUAUUUUAACUGUUUUAUUGAUUUUCUAUUAAUAUUAUUGUUGUUUUUUUUAUUUAUUUUGAAAUUAGUGACAUGUAUUCUAAAAUAUGUAUUCUAUUCUUUCUGUUAAUAUAAAGACUUUUUAGCCUUACUUGUAAUUCCUUAUUGAAAGUACAGUGCCAUUAUGGGUAAAGUAGUUUCAUUUGAGGUUUUGAACUAUUUAAAGUUUGCAUUGGAGAAAAAGCUGAGUAAGCCUGCCCCCGUUGUCUUAAAAUGUGAGGUAAAGCCGAGUUUUGUAGGAUUGCUUUUAAGUUUUGUUCAGUUUUUAUCUGCUGGUGACUGUGUACAUUCUUCUUCCCCUCAAAAGUUUCCCUUACUUUUCUAACAAGCGUUCUCGUUAACAGCCCUUCAAACAAAACAGAUUUAUUAAAAAGGUAUUGCAGUUUUAAGGAAGUAUGGCUUACCACUUAGUAACAACUUGUGUUAGUUUGGUAUUUGUAAUUACAGAAAAUAAAAACAUUGAAAACAUGA